CUGUGACGUAAACAAGGGGCGAGAAGCGCGCGUGCUUUUGCGCGCGAGAGAAGGUAACCUCAUAGAGAUCUGGGUUCGAAACUCCCUUUAAGAAGCGCCAACGGUGCUUGGUGGUCAGUAACGUUAAGAUGAAAACAACAUGGUGGACUGUAAACAGGUGCGCGGGAAAAACUUUGUUUACCUGGAAACGGACGAAUAUUGGCUGCAAAAAUGUGAUUUUUUUCUAAAGGACAAGUAAUUCAGUCUUGGUUUGAUAAUCAAAAGUACGAAAAUGGAAAGAUCGGUAAAUUUCCGUAGCUAUGGUCGAGAUCGACCGGGCAAGUCGACGGUGCAGAAGUGUGAUUGUUAAAUAAUUUUUUCAGACAUUAUGACAAGUAAUUUGACUUUACACGACUGUCUUCAACAAGUCUCUUUGGAGAAGUACCAUGAAAAGUUUUUACAGCGUGGGAUUGUGGACGUUGGUGGCUUGCUGUCGCUUACCAUGCAAGAUUAUCCCUCCUUGGGAAUUUCAUCAAUGGCGGACCGGCAGAAUCUGUUCUUAUUGAUUCAAACGAUAAAAACAAUGCAACCCCAAUCCAGCGAGAGACAACUGCGCAGUGGGACAAACAAGGAUGGCUUGUUACAGCUAGAGGGUUCAGCAGUGAAGGAAAAAGACAAGAAGUCGGGUGCAAAGAGACCACUAGAAGCCACAGAAAACAGUCCAGUUGCUGUCAAGAUAAAGUCAAAAACACAAAAAAAGACCUCUGGAACUACAAAGUUGUCUUCUAUCUCAAGAUCAGAAGAAUCUAUAAACACAGCAGGAUUUUACAACUAUGGAGUUCCUAGCAACAAGCCCAAACAGUCAACACCAAUCAAAAGACACCAUUCGACAUCAGAGCUUGGUCCAUCGCAUAUUCAAGUGUGUGUCCGCAAACGACCACUGAGCCAGGCUGAAUUGAAUGCCGAUGAGGAAGAUGUGGUCACAGUUACAUCAAGUACUACAAUUGAACUUACAGUUCCAAAAGUUGCUGUGGACUUGACAAAAUACACUCAAAAGUAUCAGUUUGUGUUUGAUGAAGCUUUUGAUGAAGGUUGUCAUAACAGGGAUGUUUAUGAGAGAACUGCUCGACCACUCAUCAAGACAGUAUUCAACAGGGGUAAGGCAACAUGUUUUGCUUAUGGUUGCACUGGAAGUGGUAAGACUUUCACAAUGCUUGGUAAUGAGGAGGUACAAGGAAUCUACAUACUCGCUGCCAAUGAAAUAUUUACCAUCUUACAUAAUGGAACACACGGUGAAGGGCUUGGUCUGUGGAUCAGUUUUUACGAGAUUUACUGUGGACAGCUGUUUGACCUUUUAAAUGGGAGAGCAAGGUUAUUUGCCAGGGAGGAUGGUAACCACCAAGUCUGUAUUGCUGGGUUAACUGAACAGCGUGUACACAAUGUAGAAGAACUGAUGGAGGUUAUAGAAUACGGCGGAGGUGUAAGGAGCACUGGUGCUACAGGAGUUAAUGCUGACUCAUCACGAUCACAUGCAAUUCUACAACUGGAAGUGAAGAUGGUAAAUACUGGAGAUCAUUUCGGGAGAUUUUCUUUCAUUGACUUGGCUGGAUGUGAGCGUGCAGCAGAUGUCACUGACACAGACAAGCAGACCCGUGUGGAAGGAGCUGAAAUCAAUCAGAGUCUGUUAGCAUUAAAGGAAUGUAUUCGAGCUCUUGACUUGGAUUCAAGACACACCCCAUUUCGACAGAGCAAACUUACACAGGUUCUGAAAGAUUCAUUUGUUGGAAACUGUCAAACAUGUAUGAUUGCCAAUAUUUCACCCAACAAAUCCUGCAGCGAAAACACCCUCAACACUCUACGAUAUGCUGAUAGGGUGAAAGAGUUAAAAAAGGACGCUCCUGUAACACCCACCCCUCGACCACUGACUGUCCCUACAACCAUUACUGAGACAGACAGGUUACAAUCUGUUAAUAACAAGACUAGUGGAUUACCCAGAUUGGAAAUACAGCCUGUAAAAGUUGGUACUACCUUGGGUCAACUGAGAAGCUCACCAAGAAAGCUGAAAGUUGUAGACGGUGAACCUAAUGAAACCUCAAGAUCUAAGACAUCAUUUACAACUACAUCAUCUUCCCCUUUAAGUAAAGAUUCUAUAGCAAAAAGCCACAUAGGGAAAGCCUCUGGAUUUGUAAAUGCUUCUAGUAAUACUAGUAGCACUAUGAAUGCCAAGAAAAGACUAGCAGUACCCCCUCAGGUGCGAAGGCCGCACACUUCACCAGAAGUGGUCUCAGUAAAAAAUUGUGGAGCAGCAAAUGGAACACCAGGCAGGUUGAGGAAACCAAAUUCAAAACAUAAGGCUGGGAAUGCCUCACAGAUGAAUUCAAACUUUUUAACUGAAAGUGUGCCUGAAGAAAAACCCAAAAUUGUUGUUCAGGAAGAUAACGAUCACCAAAGUACAGCUGAGGUGUUGGUUGUAACAAGAUCUAGAGCAGGCACUGAUGAUAUACUAUCAGAAGAAGCUUGGACAGUUUCUGCUCUUAGACAGGGUGAUGGACAGCUUGGAAAUAUCGGCAGAUCAUCAUCUUCUGACAAGAAAUCAAAGGAACCUUCCCCGCCAUCAAGAAACAAUCGCUAUGGUGAUGGAAUCAAAACAAGACUAGCAAAGCUGUUUAAUAAAGGAAAUUCAUUCAUGGAAGAACCUAAAGUUAUUGAACCUCAGAGAAAUCAGGGUGUGAAUCAUGUUCCUCAUUAUUUGUCGCUGACAACGAGUGGAAAUUACAGGCCAGCUAGAGAUCGUGUUCAUCUACCAACUGCUGAGUCAGUGGAAAGUGAUGGAUCAUAUUUAAGUCUUGAUCAAGAACAGUUUGUGGCUUCUCAUCACACACAACUUGCCAUGGUAACAGGAUUAUGUCAUGAAGAGAUGGUGCUUUUAAAACAAAUCAACAAUGGACAGAAGCAUUUUAAAGACUAUAUGACACAGCUUGAUGAUAUUUUGACCAGGAAGGUGGCUUGUAUAGAAUCUCUACGAGAAAAGCUAUCAAAAUAUACUGCUCAGUGACUGUUAUCAAGGACACCAGUGUUAAAGACGAAUGAAAAGUGGACAGGUCUUAAUUAGCAGACUACAGUGGAAUCCCAAUUUUUUGAACCUCCAAGGGAAACAAAAAUUGGUUUGAAAAAUCGGAGAGUUUGAACAAUCGGGGGUAAAAUUACAGUGUUCGACUGAAGAGAGGGAAUGACUUUUAGUUCAAGUUAUUGGAAGGUUUGAAAAAAUGAGGGUUCAAGAAAUCAAGAUUCCCAAUGUGUGGUAUUUUUGUCUUGUUUUAAAAUUCAAUUUAAAAUAGAAUUUUAUGUGAAAAACAGUAUUUAAUAUUGAACUGAAAUGCGUGACAUGUACUUAUUUGAAAAUAAAAUCCGUGUUAUCGCUUA